AUGUCCUAUCAACAGCAGCAGUGCAAGCAGCCCUGCCAGCCACCUCCUGUGUGCCCUGAGCCUUGCCCACCCCCAAAGUGUCCAGAGCCAUGUCCCCCUCCUCCAUGCCCACCUGUGAAGUGCCCACCUCCACCCUGCCAGCAGAAGUGCCCUCCUGUGCAGCCGUGCCCCCCCUGCCAGCAGAAGUGCCCACCCAAGAGCAAGUAA